UCUACAGCGCUUUUCCACGUACGAACGGCUGGGCCCGAAAAAAAAGGCGGACAAUCCUGAGGAAAAUGGCUGACGACCGGCUGACAGACGAUCGUUCCGAGAAGAGAAAAUGUGACGAGUUUGGUUCCCUGUACUUGGAGAGAACCGCGGCCGUUCGCGCACUCAGUGGCGCUGCAGAGAGCCCGGACGGGGCCUUCAAGAAGCCGAAGCCGAGUGAGGGCGCAGGGCUCGGGCGGGACACGGCCACCACCCCGCCCAACCCCGCCAUCCCGCCGACUCCCGCCCGCCGCCGCCACCGGACCACCUUCACGCAGGAGCAGCUGGCCCAGCUGGAGGAGGCCUUCAGUAAGAGCCACUACCCCGACAUCUAUGUCCGAGAGGAGCUGGCCAGAGCCACCAAACUGAACGAGGCAAGAAUCCAGGUGUGGUUCCAGAACCGCCGUGCGAAGUACCGUAAGCAGGAGAAACAGCUGUCCAAGGCCCUGUCCCCGGUCCUGCCUCCCAUGGCCUCCUGUAACAACAUGAUGCGGGGAAUCUACCAGCCUGCAGCCGGCCACAACUCUGCCGUCCGCCCGGGCAGCUACCAGUACCAACACAUGUCCAACACCAUCAACCCUGCCAGCUCAUGUGCAAGGUACCCUCAGAUGCAGAUGGCGAGCUCGGCCUACGCGCCUCCCCCCAUGGCACAGUUCUCCAUGCCGCCCACCACCAACAUGGGCAUGCGUGUGGAGCAACACGACGACGACUGGUAUAACAAAAGCCUGACCGCGGCGCUCAGAAUGAAUCCGUCCCACCAUCCCAACCUGUCGGCGCCAGUGCUGCAAUACCAAACGUAAGCCACAGGUGGCGCGGAAGAUAGGUCUCCAGAACGAUUCCUCACCACUCACAGGUCGUCUCUAUUCGCCUAACCCCAUCAUCAUAUUCUGACAUUUAAAAAAAGAAGAAUCGUUAUUCUCUGUAGCCUACGUUGAACGUAAAGAAAGAUUGUGUUAACAAAGCUCAUUCAAAGAGUUAGUGAAAAAGACUCGGGACUACUACGAUUAUGUUUAGUCACUCUAUGAUAUUCGCUUUCCAGAUUUGGCACUGAGAUCUAAUAAAAAAUAUCACGUCAGUCCGUCUCUGCUUUGUCCACUGGCAAAGUGAUGUGAGGAAUUUUGCAUGGCUAAAGUCCCUGUCACACAUAGCCCGAAUAUGGCCUCCCGAACACUACUGAAUUAUCCACAACCAUGGUUGGGAGUAGGUUGGGACAAAGUAGGUUGUGGUUGGCUCGAGUUGGCUACUGGUCGGCUGGGCCAGCUGAAGUUCGGUCAUAAUUCAAUUGGUCAGCAGUGUUUGGGGCGUUGUUUGUCUAAAAUUUAACUCAAUUUUUAUUCGAUUCGUAUUGAAAUGUAAUCGUGGCCUAAAUAUGGCCAGACUGCUCCCGAACUUAAGCCAACCUUGGUUGGUAGUUGGGGGAAGAUUCUGAAUGUGUGGCAGGGGGUUUAUAGCUCAGUGUAUUUGAGUGAAUCAAGACAUACACUGACAUGUCGACGCCCGUGCUGCAAUACCAAACGUAAUCCACAGGUGGCGCAGGCGAUAGGCUUAUACCGUUGAAUGGACGAAAAAAAAAACAUUGAGGAAAGGUCAUGUAUAUGAGAUGUGUAUAUGUAGUAAUGUAUACUGCGCGCUGCAGGAAGUUGUCCUAGGAAAAUGCGGAUAUUUUUGUAUCAAUGUUUCUGAUUGAUGUUUGUUUUUUUGUUGAUGGAACUCGACUCCUAGAAAAAAAGGAAAAUAGAGGGACGAGUUUGUGCCAAAUAUAAGUAUCUUUGUGGACACUUUUUUUGUGGUCAAAUACUUUGCAAGCGUUUUUAUCAGUCUAUGUCUUUGUCCAAAUCUAUUAUGAGUGAACUCGAAUUGAAACAGUGUGUAUAUGGUAUUCUCAAGUUCCGUUAUAUCGAUGAUUGACUUAUUUUCUGAGUUGUGACAUGGAAACUUUGGUAUGUAUAUGCUGUGAUUUUUUCUUUCCAAGAUAUUUAUGAAGUGUGAAUAAUGUCCCUGUGUGUUUGAGUGGCUGCAAACUUGUACCCAUGCACUGGCUUCUGCGUCUUUUGAGGAAAAUAAUGCUCUUUUGCGAUUUCAUAAACUCUACAAAAUUCACAACCUCAGAGUACAUUUGUAAGAGGCGCUUGAUAUGUCACAUGAGACU